UUAUGGAUGGGACACUGAUAGCCACAUAACUUGGCUGAAGGUCACUUGCUGCUCCUGGGGAAAAGAAAUAAAAAUACCGGGUCACUGAGUGUUGCAGUCGGACAGGAUUUACGUAACUAAAAUCCCAUGCAUGCUGCAGCCCAACAUGAGAGAAGGAGGCACUUUGCUGCAGAAGUACCCCGGCACCGAGUCACCCAAUCCCGUAGCAACACGCACGCAUACAACAAGCGCGCAUACACACAGCUCAAUGGACGCAAGUGCCCCCCUCGCCCCCCGCCCCGAGGUACGUGCAUGUGGAAAGCACAGUGGAAAGCACAGCGAGCGCACAUCAUAGAUCCAUGUGACAGUCCCACGCACACUCGCGCGCACACACACUUCCCAGCAUCCUCCGGGGCAGCAUCAGCGAAGUAAACAACUCUCGCAACUCAGCGCUUCCCACGUUCCAUUGGACGAGCAGUAGUCGCCUCCUGUUGGCCGGAGCUAUAUAGCUCCACAUUGGUUCCGCUUUUGUUUCGAGGGGAACAUUUCUGCCGAGCUCCAGAAAGAUGAACCAGGAAGUAUCCUAAAGGGCCUGUCCCUCUCUCUGAGGAUGCAAAAAAUGAUAACAAUAACUAAAUACAUGUUAAAACAUCAGAAAAUGAUUGAGUAGCUAUGCUUGAGCUCAUGCAAGUUCAAAAGAUCUAGCAAAAUAAAAACCUACGUGUUUACUCGGGGAAGGUAACCGGACAAGUCCACUCACAAGAUAAAAUGGAGGAGACGUCCAAAAGCGCUGCAGCUGACCAAUCUUCCGUUGUUGCUGCUCAAGUCCCCUUCCUUCACCUGUGUAAUACUUUAGAAAAAAUUCAGGCAUUGAAACUCCGUCCAGAAAAGUCUAAGACCCUAGGGGAUUUCAUCGAGUCAUGGAGAACGUUUCAUCGUGCACUGCAUAAGGAUGAGCCCAAAACAACUGACUCUUUCUACCCGGCAAUGCGUCUCAUAGUUCCCUCAUUUGAGCGAGAGCGAAUGGCCUACGGCAUUAAAGAAAACAUGCUGGCUAAACUUUACAUUGACGUAUUGUGCCUCCCGAAAAACGGUCCUGAAGCCAACAAGUUAUUAAACUACCGCACUCCGAGCUCUUCUCAAGGAGAGUCUGGAGACUUUGCCAGCAUGGCGUACUUUGUGCUCAAGAAACGCUGCACCAGCCAAGGACAGCUCAGCAUCAAAGAAGUCAAUGACUUUCUGGAUUCCGUCGCCAUCAACAAUGCGAGCAAGAAGAAAGACCUUGUGAGAAAAAGUCUGCUGCACCUCAUCACGCAAAGCUCGGCUCUUGAGCAGAAAUGGCUCAUCAGGAUGAUUCUGAAGGAUAUGAAGCUUGGCAUCAGCAAGGAAACGGUCCUCCAAGUCUUCCACCCGGAUGCCGCCGAGCUCUACAAUGUCAACACGGACCUGAGCAAAGUGUGUCAGCAGCUCCACGACCCCGCUGUGUCUUUGAGUGACGUUUCCAUCGGACUUUUCUCUGCCUUCAAACCCAUGUUGGCCGCCGUCGCUAAAAUCGGCAACAUUGAGAAGCAGAUGGGAAACAGCCCUUUUUACAUUGAAACCAAACUAGACGGUGAGCGAAUACAACUCCACAAGGACGGCGACGUUUACAAGUACUUCAGUCGGAACGCCUUUGAAUAUACACAGCAGUUUGGCGCAUCUCCUUUGGAGGGUUCCCUGACACCUCACAUCCACAACGUAUUUCAAAAGCACAUUGUCAAUUGCAUUCUCGAUGGGGAGAUGAUGGCUUACAACCCGACCGCCAAGACUUUAAUGCAGAAAGGCAGCAAAUUUGAUAUCAAGAGACUGAUGGACGAUUCAGAGUUACAGACCUGCUUCUGCGUCUUUGACGUGCUGUUUGUCAAUUCCCAGAAGCUUGGCAAGGAAACGCUGAAGAAGCGCGAUGAGAUCCUGCAGACAAUUUUUACUCCAGUUAUCGGCAGGAUUCACUUGGUGCAGAAAAUGGAGGCCCGAAGCACGCAGGACGUGGUGAAUUCUCUCAAUGACGCCAUUGACCAACGCGAAGAGGGCAUCAUGGUGAAAGAUCCGUCAUCCUUCUACAAACCGGACAAGCGGGGAGAAGGCUGGCUGAAGAUCAAGCCGGAAUAUGUGGGCGGCUUGAUGGAUGAGCUGGAUGUUCUGAUCGUUGGCGGCUAUUGGGGGAAAGGGAGAAGGGGUGGUAUGAUGUCCCAUUUUCUAUGUGCCGUUGCAGAAGCGCCAAAGCCUGGCGAGAAACCCUCGGUUUUCCAUACGCUCUGCCGCAUCGGCUCCGGCUACACUAUGAAGGAGCUGUACGACCUUGGCUUGAAGCUCGCCAAGCACUGGAAGGUUUAUCGCAAAAACGACCCGCCGGCCAACAUCCUGUGCGCCACCGAGAAGCCCGAGGUCUACAUCGAGCCUCGCAACUCGGUCAUCCUCCAGGUGAAAGCCUCCGAGAUAGUCGGCAGCGACAUGUAUAAAACCAACUGCACGCUGCGCUUCCCGAGGAUCGAGAAGAUCCGCGACGACAAGGAGUGGCACCAGUGCAUCACCCUCGCCGAGCUGGAGCAGUUCCGCGGCAAGGCGUCGGGGAAACUUUCUUCGCGGCACCUUCAUAUCGACGCCGCCGGUCAGCCACAGAGAAAAAGACCAAAGCUGCCUGCCAAACCCAAGAAGGCGGUCAGUGACCUGUAUAAGCAGCAGGAUCUCUCUGGGGUUACCAAGGAGACGGACAUGUUCGAGGAUGUAGAGUUCUGCAUUCUGAACGGCAUGGAGGAUCACCCCAAGGCUGAGUUGGAGAAAGGCGUGGCCAGGUGUGGCGGUAUUGUCGUUCAGAACCCGGGGCCAGAUACUUACUGCGUGAUCGCCGGAUUGGAGAACAUGCGCGUGAAGAACCUGAUUCUGUCCAACCAGCACGAUGUGGUGCGGGCCUCGUGGCUGCUGGAAUGUCUGGAGCAGAAGGGAUUUGUUCCCUGGCAACCACGCCACAUGAUCCACAUGUCGCCCUCCACCAAGGAACACUUUGCCAGGAGCUACGACCGCUACGGCGACAGCUACUUCCAGGACACUGACGAACAGCAGCUGCGGGAGGUGUUUGAGCGCACGGGAAGGAUGGAAAGCUCAACAGCCGUCGACGUCUGCCAAGUCGAGGAGCGAUACGGCUGGGGUGACCUUACCACCAGUAUGUUCCGACCUUUCACAGUUUACAUGGAUGACUACGCCGACAUCAACGACCCUGCAACCGCCAUUUCCGCAAGUUGUUUGGAUAUCAGGGCCAUGGAGUUUCGCUACCACGGAGGCACAGUGGUGGACAAGUUGGAGGAAGGCGUGUCCCACGUUGUUAUUGCGGCAGAAACCAGACUUGAGGAUUUGAAGAGAUUGAGGCGCAGCUUUCGAAAGAAGUUCAAAAUUGUCAAAGACACCUGGGUGACUGACUCAAUCGAAGCAGGGCAUCUGAUGAACGAUGACAACUAUUUGGUUUGAAAAAAAUUUAAGUUAAGAUGAACUUAAUAUGACAAGUUUGAUUGCUUUUUGUGGGGUUAAGUGCUUACUUAGAUUUUAGAGUUGCGUGUGUGUGUGUGUGUGUGUGUGUGUGUGUGUGUGUGUGUGUGUGUGUGUGUGUGUGUGUGUGUGUUUGGCCACAGCUGCAUUUUACCAGGUUUGAAUAAAUUAUUCUAAAUUCCCCCCCAAAAAUAUUGCAUAUACAUCUCUGCCAAUGUUCUGUACUGUCCGAUAUUUCCCACAAUGCAACUCGUCAUAGCUCAUCUCGCAUUGCUCAUUUCGGACCGUGCCUGUCUGCGACAUUAUCUUCUUUCCACUGUGAUUCUUGUUAUCUCCCUCUAGAUUCAUGUAGCUCUCGUGCAUUUGCAUUACUACAUGAACAAACUAAAUUUGUUCUGUAAAAUUGAUUGUUUUGCAAUGCACAUAAUAGCUGGGUUUAUGAUUGAAGGUUUUGAACAAAAUAAAUUACAUAGAUGCAUUAA